UCUUUCGUGAUUUAUACAGUGUUGUUAUAUUCAGCGUGGUGUGCCUUGAAGGCACAAGUUUUAGCAUAGGGACCUGUGUAUCGAUCAAUUUAUAAUUAAAAUAUAAAGAAAUUAGCUUGAAAAAGAUGAUUUCUGCCAAAGACACUUGCCCCGAACCACAGCCCGUUUUUGCAGCUGUUGCCAUAUUCUUCGUUGCUAUUGGUCUAGUGGGAAACGCGAUUGUAAUAUUGCUUAUCCUCGUCCUUAAAGAAUGCAGCAAGUCGAUUACCAAUUGGUACAUUCUGCAACUUGCAAUUGCCGACACUUUGUUUCUGCUGAUGCUGCCCUUUACCGCCUCUAGCGAGCUAAGCGGAGAAUGGUCCUAUGGGAUUGUCAUGUGCAAAAUAAAGGAAGCAAUUCUUUUCAUAAACUACUAUGCCAGCAUAUACUUCUUGGUGAUCAUGAGUUUUGACCGAUAUCUCGCUGUUACAAAAGCAUUUUCGUCUUCUGACUUGGUAGUGGCUCUUCGAGGACCUCGCGCGGCUGGAAUUAUCACCGCAAUCGGCUGGGUUAUCAGCGUGGGGAUUUCGUCCCCUCUUUUUAUUUAUAGCACCGUGGGCAAAUGUAAUGUCUGUGCUUAUAAAUUCCCGCUGACAAAGGUUGAAAAUUCUACUAUGAUGUACGGAGACUUGUACGCACAAAUGGGCGAUGCUGGAGACCCAAUGACAUUUCUUGGGGCUGCGGCAAACGGGUCAGCUGUUGUACCUGACCCAAUCAAUGAGACUUCUAUUUUUGAAGACGAAGAUUUUAACCAUCAAUAUUUUGUGGACCUUGCGGAACAGUACGGUUACAACAACUACCCAGCAGUGGUUAAUCCAGCUGCAUCGACUGGCGUUAACUUGAAUCACUCGACAGAAGAAUUUCAAGACUUUGAAAAUUUUGAUGAAAACAUAAUACCCAACACUUUGAUUAAAAAUAUGGACCAUACUUGCAAGCAUUCUCCAAAUCAAUACUACUUUACGUGGCUUAAAGUGAACGUAAGUUUGUUUUUCUGCUUCCCCUUGCUAGCUAUGUGUUGCUUUUACGGCCUCAUCAUAAGAGCAAUUGUGACGACACAGGCAGGUGCAGGCAGAAACGAAGUUCAGAAAUAUAGAAAUCGUGUGACCGUUAUUGUGCUGGCUUUAAUCUGUCUGUUUUUGGUGAGCUGGCUCCCAUGGUAUACAGUACAGCUUGCUCUAAUGAACGGCAUUUCACUUUCAAACUCGGAAUGCAAAAGACUCACGUAUGCUGUACGGCUGAUAGCUUACCUGAACAGCACUUUAAAUCCAUACUUUUACGGAACCCUUGGCGGACGUUUUGCAGAGCGGUUAAGAAAAGCUAGGAGCAAACUUGGUUUUGUCUACACCUUAUCAAUUACAAGUGAUACGAGGCGACGAGCACGAAGCUGGAAUAAUAGUGCGCGUAUGGCUAACGGCUUGAAAGACCAAGAUGCGCCAAGCGGUCGUCUUCAUAUUGUGGAGAACGGAAAACUUAGCAUGGGGCAGAGGACAGAACGAACUGCAGUCUGAACUACGGUGACGUAGGACAAUGCAAAACAUUGCUGUAACUCGCAGUAAUCUUAAAAUUCAAACGCGCAAAUUUCGCAUUUUUAAAAGUCAGAUCGUUUUGCCUUCGCUUCGAAUUGUACCUGCCUGUUUUACAUUCAUGACGAUUACUUGAUUAUACCUUUGUGUAAAUGUCUUCAAUAAAAGCAGCUGCAACGUC